AUGCCCAGCCUUCACGUCACUUCGAGAAUCGACGCAAGCUAUCUUCGGAUAGUACUUCGUGUGUAUUUCAUCUCGGCGUUAUUCUUGCUUGGUACCCUCGGCCGGCAAUGCUGCAAGUUAGCUACCAAGGUGGACCUCCUGCAAGGCGAGACAGUCUCCAUCAACCGAAUGACCGGUUGGCUACAAGCGCGCGAUGUUGCUGUUGUGCUGUGGAAACUGAGGCGUCUCCCUGGUGGCGUUUGGCUCGGCUUGAUGAUGAUCGUCUCCAGCAUCCUCACUCUGACAGCUGAUUUGGCCGUCACUGGCCUCGUAAAGCCAGUCACGUUGCCAGAUCUCUGUCCGUUCACCGAAGGGCUUGUGCUUGACUGGAGCGACAACGUGGAAACAUUUUACGCCCCACCACCCAACGGGUAUCCCGCGUUGAUUGCUGCAAAUGUCCAAGUAUAUAGCGAUCAAUGGAAUCGCACUAUACCGCACGAAUACCAGUGCCUCGUCGGUAUCUAUAGGAAAGUUCCAUGGGAUGGGGAUCAGUUCUUCUGCGGCAGUGAGCAGGACGUUCUUGGAGGAUGGGAGUGCACCGAUCUGCUCAAGGACUAUGACUUCUCACCAGAUCAAACGCCGUCCGAUAUCCGCGAGUCGCUGUAUACCAAUGGCCUUCAAUACUAUUCAAACGCAAGCUUCACAGACUAUGGCGAUAGCCUUGGCAACACUGCUCAUCUUGCUAUUUGGUCAAGCAGCGCUCUCUCAGAUGGAGUCUUGGAGCCGUUCGACGUUUUGGUUUCUGUGGACUUGACAGGGCAUAAAAUGGACCAAAAGACCAUGAAAACAUACCAAUGCACGGUCACAGGUCAAGUCGACAACAUCAACCGAAUUCUGAGUCAGAUGAAGAGCGUCACCACUCUCAACCAGUGGGCUGAUGGACUCGAAGGGAUACUUUACAUGGGUGCCGAUACUGCCAUAUCAAUAUAUGCGAAGGGAAAUAUGGAGCAGUAUCUCAAUUCGUUGACCAUGGUCCAAGGUGGAAGUAACACUAUCCUCACCAACUACACCGUUGAUGGCGAUCAUCGCUAUUACGGGUGUGUACGAGAAUGGACAACACUCAAUCCUGCCAUCAUUGCACUGGUUGUGUUUGCAAGCGUCAUUCUCGUCAUUACAAUCGUCUACUGGCUCGUGUUGCUCGGCUUUAUUGGGAAGUAUGCCCUCUCCAAGAAGAUUAGGGGCGAUGGCGGCCGAAAGAAUAUCAAGCCGGUGCCAGACAGUACACUGAGCUGGAUCCUGCAAGCUGCGAGAGAAGCCGCGAUGUCGGGUGGGUCUAAUUAUGGGUAUGGGGAUGCUGCUAUGCUCCUCGGUGUUCCCAGGAAAGAGCAAGAGUUAAGAGGUUGGAGUUUUAGUAUCACUGACAACGUUAAUGGUGUUGCAAGAGUGGUGAGGAGGAGGGGUGAAGCUGCGCCGUUAAUGUACGAGAAUGUCUUUGUCCACCAUGAAUAUAAGCGCUGAAUUGUGUGAUGGGUAAAAUGUUUUAGCAGAUAGGUUGCAUCGAUGGCAGAGGAGUUGUUGGGCAAGGUGUUUUAGUGGCAUCCGGUUUGCGAGGCGUUGACUGUGCUGACUGUAUCCUUACUCGUUACCGUGGCCCUACAGAUCAGUGCUCAGGGAAAGAGCUGGGUUUAUUUCACUCUC